CUAUGCCAUCUUUGUCCUGAUCAAGUAGAAGCUAUGUGUCAAAGAACCGACUCAACGAAAAUUUCACUUUUGUAGCGAGUGGCACAAGAAAGGUGAUGAUGAGAUUUGAACCCGUGGCCUAUGGUCAACAAGCUGGCUUUGAUACCGUGUUAAGGAACCAACUCAACCAAAAGCUCAAACUUGUUAUUAGAGACCCAAGAAAGGAUAACAGUAUUCAAUUUCACGCUCUUCCAUUUAAGACAAGACAUUCAUCCUUGCCUAAGUCCCUAUAUCUCUACUCUUCAUCAAAAUGAACAUCCCACAGCAAGCCGGAAAUGAAGACGAACCAACUGUCCCUGGGUUUGAAACCCCACCAUCACCUGACUCUAGCUACAACAAUGUCUUCUACACCACAGAAGAAGAGGAAGAGCGGGGACCACCACGGCUUCCUCCACAUCUAGAGACGAGCGUGCUAAACCAAAUAAGCACUAGAGAUGUGGUCUUAUCUCCCCUCCAACCACCCAACCAUGUGGUCUUAAACCACGUGUACACGGACGCCCAAAGCAGAGCUUUUCCUCUGGAAGCCGUCGCGGUGUCAACAACGCAACGGUUUCGCUCCAAAUAUGUUACGGUUGUGCUUUACAAACCGGCCCCACGGACGUGAAGUGGCAGCCGCAGCACCUCAGAUGCAUUUGGUGUGAAUAUAGGAUGUAGUUAUGUUUGUGAUUCAUUUUGUUAGUUGAUAUAUAGCAUAUGAUGAAAUUACUCUUAUGACAUUAGUAUGUUAUAUAAAUUUUUGGGUGGAUA